AUAAGUUACUUUUCAUUUUCGAAAUAAGGUUUCGGAUGAAUAACAGGGAAAAAUAAAUACCUUAUUUAUUAAAUGUGACUAACUAAAUUGCUUAAAAAAAUUGGCGUAAAAAGUAAUAUUUUUCAUAAUAAAAUAAAAAUAUUUUUUCGCAGUCUGUUUUCGGAAGCAGGUUACCAUGGUAGCAUCACAUUAGGAGCAGACGCUGUGAAGGGUUUAUUAUGCAAUGAGUCUUGAUUCUCUAUCUAAUUUAUUAUUAUACGCAGGAAAUGGAUCGAGUUUACCAAAGUGACAUUAGAAGUGAUGUUGAAAAUUCUUCGUUUUCUUCUAUACCUAUUUCAAAAUCUCUGGAAGAAAGAACAUUAAAAGAUUAUCCUCUACCAUAUGACAGCAAUUGUACACCAAAUAAAGAAACCCAUUUUUCUUAUCAAGUUCGCACAGCUUGUCGCAAAAUUAAUAGCUCCAAAUGUGAUGCGCUCAGGUUAACAAAAGUCAUUGUUGUUGGUGAUGUUGCUGUUGGAAAGACAUGCCUUGUGAGACGGUUUUGUGUUCAAGCAUUUGAAACAAAUUACAAAGCUACAAUUGGUGUUGACUUUGAAGCUGAAAAAUUUUAUAUUUUAGAUGUUCCAUAUAUUUUGCAAAUAUGGGACACAGCUGGUCAAGAAAAGUUCAAAUGCAUUGCUUCAUCUUAUUACAGAGGUGCUAGAGUUGUGAUCUUGGUAUUUGACUUCUCACACAUAUCAUCUCUGUACAAUAUUCCUAAAUGGCUGGAUGAUACUUUAAAAUCCACAGAUAAUCCUUUUCUGUUUUUGGUUGGCACAAAGAAAGAUAUGGUUACUAAUUCAGCAUAUAAAUUAACUGAAAAUGAAGCUAUAAAGUUGGCCAAAGCAAUUGGUGCUGAGUAUUGUCCUGUAUCAUCUAAAACAGGUGAAAAUGUUGAUAGACUUUUUAGACGAAUUGCAGUUUUGACUUUCUGUGAAGAUAUUUUAAAAGAAACAACUGAUCAUGAUGAGGUGAAAAUAUCUGAAAAUUUUGUCAAGUUUAGUAAGGCCAGCACUAAAAAGAAAAAAGAGAACUGCAUGUCCGGAUGUAGUUGAUGUCAUCUUGUUAAAUCAGAUUUAAUAAUUUAUGGUGGUGCUAUGGCAGUAUAAUAGAUAAUGUACUUAGUGGGUUUUUUUAGUCAAAUAUUUUGUGUGUGAAACAGUAUUUUCAAGUAUUAUUCUAGCUGAUUUAGUUCAAUAUUAGAAAGUUUUUCAGAACUCAGCAUUUAUUUGAUACUUUUGUUGUUCUUUAUCAUAAGAAAAAUUUAAUAAUUAAAUGUAUUGCCUACUUUAAAAGAUUUAACUUUAGCUAUAAAUUUUAGAAGAAAUUAACUAUUAUAAAGCUUUAAGUUAGAAAUAUUUUAAUUAAGAAGAGCUUUUAAUGAGCUUUCUAUAACUACAAAAAUUUAGAUUUAUUAUAAAUUUAUCUUUCGCCUUAUUAAGCUGCCAAUUUUAAUUUUUAGUUUUGAAAAUUUAGGAUUUCAAAUUAAGAUUUGUUUUUUACAUUUUUAAUGCAUUUUGACAUGUAUAAUCACAAUUUAGGAUUGCAUUUUUUAAAUCUAUGUUUAAAAAUUAAAAAAA